UAACAUGUUGUUGAGCAUUGAACCAAUCAAAUUAAACUCAAGCGUAUUAACCACAUGAUUCCAAAUAUACCUACCAAUCAAAUUAAACCAAGUGUACCUGCCAUGUUAAUCAUAAAAUUUUCUGAAUUAGCAAAAUCUUAAUAACAAAAUGAAAAGGAAAAAAAGCAUUAAAUAAAUUGUAUGUACCAAAAUCCUAUAUAUAUACGCAUUACUCAUAUUCAUCGAUCUAUAUCUCACUAAUAUCUUUUCUUAAACAAACAAAAACACAAUGUUUUUCCCUAAAUCUGGUCUAGAAAAGAUUGAAUUUUCCAGCAGCUCCGCUGAAGAGCCAAAUCACUUUGUGAUUGAUCUAGAGGAGGAAACUGAUAUCGUAAAUGACCCUGCUGCGCAUUUCAAUCCCUGUGUAACACAAGGUAGCCGAAAAGCGUAUGCGAUAAAGACGGCCACUGAGAGGAAGAUUGUGGUGAAAAUCGAUAUACCCGGUUGCACGAAGUUGGACACAUUCGAUAUCCAUCUCAACAAAGUUCGGUUUACCGCGACGGAAGUUCAACCUGGUGCGGUUGGCUUGAGUUUCAAGUUUGCGGCGAGGGAGUACGACGGCUCUAUUCUCUUCAAGUACAAGGCGUACGAGAACAACGACAUCACCUACAACAUCACUUACGGCGUCCUCCGCGUAACCUUCUCCAGCACCAACUAAGUUUCUAUAAUUUCUAUAGUUUUACAUUUAUCUAAAGAAAUAAAAGUCGGCGGCAUGACAUGCUUAGUAUUUAUAAUAAACAAAAGUUAAUUUAAUAUCUAUGGUUCGUCGUGUGGAUUGAGUCGAAAUGGUUUAGUUUUCUAUUGGACUGAUGAAUGAAAUCGUCGGAUUGCUUGUAUCCCUUGCUUGAUAAACAAAAGUUAAUUUUAAGAUUUUAAAACACAAACAGAAAAGCAUAUUCUACGCCUCCUACUCCUUAUACUUGUGGUAAAAAUUGACUCACCCGACAUACUUUGAUCCGUUCUAUUCCAUUGCGAGUUUAAUAUAUUAUAUAUGACUAAUUCAUCUUUUCGGAUUUAUUGAUAUAUGUUUUCAACCCAUUUAACCAAUUUGCUAUAUAAAUAUGCUUGGCCUUUCACCAUUGACCCAUUAUGAGCUUAACUCAUUAGAGUCGUCGGCUGGAUUGGGUUGUAUUAAUCCACUAUGACUCUCCUUUCACACACACACACAACAAGAAGGUUUGUCCAAAAGCAAUGAUGAUACUUGCACUAUUUGAGAAAAAAAAAGAGAGUUUCUUUUGAUUAAAUAAUCAUUAAAAAUACUUAAGAUAGACUAGGUAAUUCUUAAAAAUUAUAUAAAAAAGUUUAAUAUUAUACUUAUAAACUUUUAUGGGAAAGUUAGCUUACAUUAUCAAAAAAUAAAAAUAAAUUGUAAUCUAAUUUAGAUUAAAGACUAACCCCUAAAACUUAUAAAAAUCUAUUCAGAAAAUCUAACAUAUAUGAUAUACCUAUAAAAUACUUUUCAUAACAACACCAGUAAGAGAUUUCUUAUAGAUUUAGUUACAGUUAAAUCUAUAAAGAAAUAAAACUAUAAUUAACAUAUUUUGAAGACAAAGAUUUGAUACAUUCUUUAAAUUAGAUUAGUACAUUAAUUUAUACUAUGUCAAUAUCAAAUUUUAUAGAAAAGAUCUCUAUGUAUACUUACAUAAUUGUAUAAUGUCAGUAUAAAGAGGUUUAAACGGACAAAGAGAUCAUUGAGAAAUUAAAGUAUGGGCUUAAAACUAGGAGUGAUGAAAAAUAAAGAGGACAAGAAAAAUUAUGAAAAAGAUGGUGAGUGUGAUAUUCCUCAUGAUCUCAUGAGGGAGAUAUUACUGAGACUUCCAGCGAAAUCAUUGCUAAGGUUUCGAUGUGUAUCAAAGUUAUGGUUCUCUACCACUACAGAUCCAAGUUUCAUUAAUUUGUUCGCCACUCAGUCAUCAACUCGUCCGUAUCUUGAACUCUGUUUUACAAAAGAGGACAACUGGUUAUUUUUCUCAUUAGCGCAAAAGUCUUUAUCUCAUCAUCAUAUGGACCAUAUCACCCUCCCAAAAGAAGACCGGUUCAUCAAUGAUUUUGAGUCCAUACUUGGCUUGAUCUCCUUCCAAUAUUUAAAUUAUUUUGUGAUCUGGAAUCCUACCAUAAGACAACAUGUAACCAUACCCAAACCCAAAGAUUCAUGGCAUACAAGAAGCUAUUUAGGAUAUGAUCCUAUUGGAGAUACAUAUAAGCUACUUUGUAUGUCAAAUACUUCUGAUUCCAGACCUCAAGUUCUUACAUUAGGAGCUCAAGAAUCAUGGAGAUUGAUUAAAAACAGUCCUAUGCAUUACCAGACGAAUAAUGGAAAAUACAUCAACGGGUUCAUCUUUUAUGAAGCGUAUUUACGAUAUGAAUAUUAUGGAACUCUUGUUGAUCGUGGAUGUCCUUCGUAUAUUUAUCGCGAAGGUCUAGAUAGAAAAACCAUAAUGCGUUUUGAUGUGAGGUCUGAGGAGUUUAAACCAAUCCAAAUGCCCCCGCAUUUUAGUCACAAAACAAGGCAUGCUCUGGUAAAUUACGAGGGCAAAGUGGCACGUAUUUGUCAAGAAUCAUCUUUUAUAAUUUUAUGGAUCCUUGAAGAUGUUGACAAAGAAAAAUGGUCAUACAAAGAGUUCCAUGUGCCUUUUCCCCCAGAAGAUCCAAUUGAAGCAUAUGACUAUAGUAUAAAUAUACUAUCACAACAAAACGAGAACUACAUUCUAAAUGGUAUCCAUGAUGACACUGGUGAAUUAGUGAAAUAUAUUCUAAGUGGUAUUAAUGAUGACACUGGUGAAUUUAUUUUCAUACCAUUAACAAUGUGGUGUGGUGACAAAGAGGCGUAUGUCUUUUGUUAUGAUCCAAAGAAAAAAUAUCAAGGAAGAUCAGAUUUGAAGGAACUGGGUACGUUGACAAUUUUAAGCGUGGUUAUAAACUCAAACACUGGGUAUUUGCUUAUUGUUUCCCUAAUCAUAUUGAGAGUCUUGUGUCUCUCAACAACCUAACUUUCCCGCAUUAAAUAUUUUAUAUGGAGUUAUUCUUCCGUUCACCUCAUAGGGCAGUGGCAUCAUAGGGCAGUGGCAGAGUCAGAACUAUUUUUAACUGGAGUUUUAAUAUGUAUAUAUUAUUAUUACAAAAAUAUUUUUUUUUACAAAUUUAAUGGAGACAUUUGAAAACUUAUACAUAAAUUAGUAGAGUCAAAUGCUAUAUUUUAACUAAAUAUUGUAAUAACUUAAGAAAAAAAUUGACUAAUUUUUUUU